AUGCAUGGGCCCGCAGACCAGGGCUAUCAGCUGGGUGUUGAUGUGGGCGGCACCUUCACCGAUGUUUACGUGUUCACCCCGCAUGGGAAGACAGUGCGGGCAAAGGUGCCAACAUCACUUCCCGAUCAAAGUAUCGGUAUCCAGCAGGGUAUUGCAAAGGCCCGUGGAAUAUUGAAAGAGCAAUUUGGCUGGUCGGGUACUUUCCAAUUUAUUCACCACGGUACAACUACUGCCACCAAUGCAGUUCUCGAGGGGAAGGGCGCUCGUACGGCCCUCAUUGUGACGGCGGGGCACAAGGAUGUUUUGGCGUUGCGUCGCUCCCAGAUCCCGGGUGGACUGGGCGCUUGGCUGCACUGGACGCCGCCCGAGCCGAUCGUACCCCUUGAGCGGGUGGUCCAGUGUAAAGAACGGAUGUCCGUACAGGGUGAUCCAGUGACACCAGUUGAUAUCGAGGAUCUGCGACAAAGUCUCAGAGAUCUGGCUCGACAGAAACCCGAGGCUGUUGCCAUCUCGUUGUUGAACUCGCACAGCAAUGAUGCUCAUGAACGGGAGGUGGAGAAGAUUGUUCGCCAGGAGCUUGGAUCCGAAAUUGCCAUCAAUUGUUCCGCCGAUGUUUUGCGAGAAGUCGGAGAAUAUGAGCGUACUGUCACAACCUGUACAAACACACUGGUCAAGCCAGUAGUUGAGAAAUACCUCCACAACCUAUCUGAGUCGCUCGCGACCGAAAGUGAGGCUAUUCGAGUCCUCAAGAGCGAUGGCGGCUUGACCAGCCUCACACUGGCCUCUGAGUUGCCAGUUAACAUUCUCAUGUCCGGCCCCGCUGGCGGCGUCAAGGGCGUGGCAGAUGUUGUCGCUCGGAGCACCCCGUACAAGAAUCUCAUCACCCUGGACAUGGGCGGAACAUCCACUGACUGUGCGCUAAUUUAUAAUGGUCAGCCCCAACUCCGACGAGAGACCGUCGUUGAAAGUCAUUCAGUUCGGGCGCCCGCGGUUGAUAUCAAAACCGUCGGAGCUGGAGGCGGCUCAAUCACAACAUACAUGGAGUUGACUGACACCCUGCGCGUUGGACCUGAGAGUGCUGGUGCGACCCCCGGGCCGGCAUCAUAUGGCAAAGGCGGCAACCAGGCCACUGUGACCGAUGCAAAUCUAGUCCUGGGCUACUUACCCAAAACGCUGCUCGGCGGCGAGUUUGCCCUCGAUGUCGCGGCCGCGACCGCUGCUGUCGAGGAUAUCGCGAGACAAAUGAAGCUACCUCUCAUUCAGACAGCCGAAGAUAUCAUCACAAUCAUUAACGAGACGAUGUAUGGCGCUCUUCGUCUUGUCUCUGUCGAGCAAGGUUAUGACCCUCGCGAGUUCGCACUAGUUGCCUUCGGCGGCGCAGGCCCACUUCACGCAAAUGCUGUCGGAGAACUUCUCGGAGCGUGGCCUGUGAUCAUCCCUCCUUCUCCGGGUAUUUUAUGCGCACAGGGAGAUGUAACAACCAAGCUCAGACACGAGCAAUCUGCCACAUUUAUUCGAAUCGUAUCAUCGACAACCGUCACCGAGGCCCGAGAGCAGUAUCAAUCAUUGGACCGAGAGUGCCGCGAGACACUAUCGAGGACAGCUGGUGAUCUGUGGCCCGUGUCGUGGAAAACAGCAUACCAAGCAGAUCUGCGGUACAAGGGUCAAGCACUGAUGAUCACUAUCGAUCUUGAUGAAAGAGACUUGGCCCUCGGCACCGAAGAAUGGCAUCAUGUGUUACGACGAAAGUUCGACCAGCAGCAUCAGCAAAUGUUUACAUAUUGCUUACCGGACUUUGAGCUCGAGCUGAUGAGACUGGGAGUCGUUCUCGAGGAUGCUUCGCCUAGUAUUGAAGUUCCCCACGUUGAAAAAGCGACCAUGCCGCCCUCGGAUGCCAAGAUUGGUGAGCAGACAAUUGUCGUGCAAGGCGAAGAAAAACUUGCGACGCUUUGGGAUCGUCAAAAGAUCACAAAGCAUGGUAUUCGAGUGGAUGGACCAUGCAUUAUCUCCGAAAUGGACAGCAACACCCUGAUUUUGCCCGGCUACUUUGGUGAGAUUGACAGUAUUGGCAAUAUUUUGAUCAAUCCCGUGGAUAAGAAGCCCCCUGUGGCUGUCUCGCAUACUGCGGAGUCGGCCAAAGAACUUGUCACAACAACACCAUUGAUCCCAACCCUUAUUUCAUCCACGCUGGCUUCGAUCCGUGGAGAGAUGGACAAGAUGAUGCUCCGAUGCAGCAUGUCCCCCGCAAUUCGAGAACAGCAAGAUGAGUUCAAUGUUAUAACGGAUUGCGACGGGAAAAUGCUUGUUGGGCAGUUUGGUAGUUUCAUCACACAGUUCCUGGACGUUUGGGAUGGUUCCAUCGAGGAAGGAGACGUGUUUAUCACAAACGACACAUAUCAAGUCCAGGGAGCUAUCAGUCACCUCAACGACAUCAUCGCCCUAUUACCAAUUUUCCACAACGGGAGACUUAUCGGAUUCGCAUCGCAAUUCGGCCAUUUAACAGACGUUGGCGGUAUUGUUCCGGGAAGCAUGUCGAUCAAUGCGACAUCUGUCUUUGACGACGGAGUGCAGAUUCCAUGCAUUAAGCUUUAUUCUCGCGGUGUGAUGAACAAGGAUCUGGUUGAUCUUCUCUGUCGAAAUUCCCGACAACCGGCGUGGUAUCGCUCGGAUCUAACAGCCAUCGUUGCAUCCUGCUCUAUGGCUGCCACCAGAGUCUGUGAGCUAGCGACUCGUUUCGGCGCAGAGGUUUAUCUCGCCGCAUGCUCCGAGCUUUUAUCUCGCAACCGCAGUGGAUUUGCCAAAAUUAUUGAACGCCAGUUCGAUGACCAGGAGAGCAUAUUUACAGACUUCGUCGACGAUGAUGGCCACGGUGUUGGACCUUGGGCUCUCACAUGCUCCAUGAAAAAGAUUGACGGCAAUCGUCUGAAGUUCGACUGGAGUGGAACAUCUCCUCAAAGUGAACGCAGCAUCAACUUUUAUCUCUCCGAGACAAUGUUCCGGAUGUUCAUCGGCUAUUAUCUCAUUGCCGCAGCAGCCCCGGGAACAGUCAUCAACGACGGCUUCCACGAUUUGAUCGAUGUGCACAUCCCACAAGGAUCAGUCUUGAAACCCGUUCGCCCUGCGCCAAUCUCCUGUCGAACUCACUUGCUGGGACGAACCUUGGACAUUGUCCAAGCUCUGAUCGGACAGAAGCAGGACUCAUAUCAGGCUGCCGCUGGUUUUAGUGACUCGCCGCACUUCUUUUACUCUGGUUUCAAGCCCGAUGGCGAAUGGUACCAGCUGUACCAAAUUGGCUUUGGAGGUGUUCCCGCUCGGCAGGCUGGCGAUGGUCCCGACUGCCACUGUCUGUUCCCCGCCAUCAAAUCGAUCCCCACGGAGAUUAUCGAGCUCAACUACCCACUGCGUAUUGAAGCAAAUGAGAGCGUUGCAGACAGUGGUGGUGCCGGGUAUCAUCGCGGUGGUAAUGCUCAACGAACACUAUACCGAUUCUUAGCUCGCGGAGAGUUCAGUCUCCACGAUGAUCGAUGGUUCACCAAACCAUGGGGGUUGAAAGGGGGAAAGCCAGGACAGCGCUCUCGCAAGAUCCUCUACCGGUACUCCAAGUCCGAGGAUAGCCCUCCUACCGAGAUCCUGCCUUCGAAGUGUGAUCACGUCCGCGUUGAUCCUGGCGAUCUGCUCGAAUGGGUGACAUGGGGUGGAGGCGGACUAGGUGAUCCUUUGACGCGCCCCGCUGAGAAGGUCGCGUUGGAAGUUCAUCGGAAGCUCGUCACCGUUGAGGGAGCUCGCAUUGCGUAUGGGGUAGUGGUCAAGGAUGACUUCACCGUACAUGAGGCUGAGACUGAGGCGCUGCGUACUCAAUUGCAGAUGCAGCGGAGCCAGCUGGACCAGCCGUCAAUUUACGAUCGUGGAGGAAGCAUCGAGCAGUUGCGUAAGACCUGCUUGCAGGAAACCGGUCUCGAUGCCCCGUUGCCUCAGUGGGAAACAGACCUUUAUGGACCUCAUGCUGGGCUGUCAUAUGUGCGGGACUGGUUCACCGAGAUGAAGUCACGGAAGGGGUGGGAGCUCAGCUGA